AUGGAAAAGAGAGUCGCCUUAGAACUGAGAGGAAGGAAUCCUUCGCAGGUUAAAGAACUUAACCUAGACAACUGUAGAAGUACGAGUAUAGUUGGACUAACAAAUGAAUACACCAAUUUGGAAAACCUCAGUCUCAAUGCUGUUGGUCUCACUACACUCAAAGGAUUCCCUACACUACCCAAGCUUACGAAACUGGAGCUCUCUGACAACAGAAUAUCUAAUGGAUUAAAUUUUCUUAAUGGCUGUAAAAAGUUGACACAUCUUAAUUUAUCAGGAAAUAAAAUCAAAGAUUUAGACGCACUCAAACCUCUGGAAGAGUUUAAGAACUUAAAAAAUCUUGAUCUUUUUAACAAUGAGGUCACUAGUAUUGAAGACUACAGGACUAAAGUCUUUGCACUACAUCCAUCUUUAAAAUAUUUAGACGGAUUUGAUAAGGACGACAGAGAAGCGGAAGAUACAACGGAGGAAGAAGAUGUAAUGAAUGGAAAUAAUGAUAGUGAUGAUGAUGGUUCGGGUGAUGAAGAAGUAGACGACGAAGAAGAUGAUGAUGAUGAGGAUAUGUCUCUUAGUGCAGUCUAUAACGAUAAUCUAGAAGAGGAGAGCUCGGCCAGCUCAUUAUACGAAGGCAGCGACGUAGAAGAGGAGGAGGAUGUAGACGAUGAAGAUGGGGACAACGAUGCGGACAGAGAGCACAAUUCCAAAGUGCAAGGUAAUGGUGAGGCAGACCGUGAGCCUGAAGAAAGCACUCGAGGUAAAAAGCGAAAACACGAAGACGACGAUGAAGACGAGAAUUGA